AUGAGGCGAAAGUGGUGGUGCUGGGGUUUCACUGCAAACUGCAGUCGAAAGACACAAAUUUUCAGCCCACUUCACACCCAGCGCGAGGCAGCCAAGCCCACUGGUGUACUUACCGGCGUUGCACCGCCUUCGGUGCAUCGCGUAUCAAAGUCGUUCGACAGCCUUUUUAGGAACCUAAAUGAAUUAGGGUUCGUUCUAAAAUUGCGGACGGCGAGGGUUGUCCUUCACCCACUCCUCCUCUUCCCACAUCGCUCACGACCUUCUAACGACUGCACGAUGCGUGGGGAAGUAUGUGUUGGGGUCGCGUCGAUCCUCUCGUUCGCGUCGAUGGUCAUGCUCAUCUUCGUGCAUAUAGGGCAGAUAAACACGUCCACGGUCCCGCGAAGGCUCUCUAUGGCCAAAGUUAACGCGUCCGGUUAUGGCGACAGCCUCGCAGUGUUCAUUCGCCCCGACAACGUAACCGGCCUUUACACCCUGAACGCCUCUGCGCCACUGCAAGCAGGCGCCGGCCUACGUCAGCACUAUGAAUUCGGGCUGUAUUCCUACUGCGCCUUCGUCGACGCGGACGAGCGGGCAGGCAUUUGCAGCAACCAGACGGUCGGGACGCAGUUCCGGCCGUAUGAUGCCCUGACAGGCGACAUGGCGCUGAAUUACUCGAUCCUGACCAACAACUUCCUUCCGGCGCUGACGUUCAGUGAUGGGAAGUACACGGGGUCGUUGACCAAGGCGGCAUAUUGGAUGUUAUUGUUGGGCACGAUAUGUGCGGCGUUGGCGUUGCUUACAGGCAUCGCGAAGAACAACCUGACAUUCUUCGUGUCCGCCAUAUUCUCCGUAGUUGGGAGCAUCCUGCUUCUCAUCGGCGCCAGUGAGUCUCUCCCCUGGUGUUGCGGCGUAUCUCCCGUCAAGUCCGACUUCACCCUUACCUGUGUGCUUGAUAUGCUCAAUGUUUUCGACUCGUCUAGUGCUGUCCAGUUCACGACCUACGAACAACUGAAGAAGUGGUUUACGCGACAUGGGUCAAGAGAACUCGAUACCCCAAAGCGACUGGCGAGCGGGGCGCUCGCAGGGAUAACCUCAGUCUGCUCGACAUACCCUUUGGACCUUGUGCGAUCACGGCUAUCCAUUGCGACCGCCUCUAUUCAGCUCACCAACCCCGCCGUCCAAGCUGCCUCCAAGCAAGCUGCUGCGACAAUGCCAUUGACACAAACGGCAAAGCAUGCUAUGGCAUCCGCAUACCACACUGCAUCGGCGACAGCUAGCAGUGCAUACAGCAAGGCGGACCUCACGAUAUGGGGCAUGACUCUGAAGAUCGUGCGCGAGGAAGGCGGAAUCAAGGCGCUGUACAGGGGCCUUGUGACCACGGCGGUCGGGGUGGCGCCUUACGUUGGGAUCAACUUUGCAGCGUACGAGUUCUUGAGGGGAAUCAUUACCCCGCCAGGCAAAAGCAGCGUGCCAAGGAAGCUGGCCUGUGGUGCUCUCGCAGGCUCGAUCUCCCAGACGCUGACUUACCCCUUCGACGUACUGCGGCGGAAGAUGCAAGUGACCGGCAUGCGGGACGGACAGAUUAAAUACAACGGUGCGAUUGAUGCGAUGAAGAGCAUCAUCCGCGUUGAAGGCGUUGCAGGGAUGUAUCGCGGCUUGUGGCCGAACUUGCUCAAAGUCGCUCCCAGCAUAGCGACGUCGUUCUUCACGUAUGAGCUUGUCAAGGAGUUCUUGGUCCCAAAGUAG